GGCAUGAUAACCGGACUAAACGUCAACUAGAACCUACCAGGAAACAUAGUUCCAAAAUGGCGACGCCACUAGUUCCGCCAUCACAGGCGGCGGCAGGGGGGGACUUUGAAGCACCACCGCCACCUCCUAUGCAGCCUCCUGGAACCGACAUGACGGGCAUAUGUUUCAGAGAUCAAUUGUGGUUAAACACGUACCCUCUGGAUCGAAACCUGGUUUUCGAUUACUUUGCCCUAUCUCCGUUCUAUGAUUGGACCUGCAACAACGAGCAUCUCAGGAUGCGAUCCAUUCACCCCCUCGAUAUCUCUCAACUUUCUUAUACUGAAAAUGAAAGUGAAACUUUGGAACCAAAGGGUGGUAAAGAGGCAAUCGACUUCAAGGAAGUUAAGCGUGUGGAUCAUAUUCUCGCCUCCUUACAGCGAAAGGUAACCAAUGUGUUGUAAAAUUUUGCCUCCACCUCUAUAUCGAUCUUAAUUUGUAUGAUCGUAUAG